AUGAAUCCUUUUCCAGUGGAGUGGACUUUUGUCGUCCAAAUAUUUAUUUUCAUGCUUGCUACCAUUUCCCUUUCCCCAAUCGUUUCUUUUGGUUCUUCAUAUGAAUUCAUUGCUCUUCUUAAAUGGAAGGCUAACCUUCAACAAGGAAAUAAUAACCCUGUGUUAUCUUCAUGGAUAUCUCCUCUUCCCGACCGUCAAAACCGUUCUUUGCCUCAAACGAUGCCAACUAUGUUUUGGUGCACUUGGUAUGGAGUUUCUUGUAAUUCUGAUGGAAGCGUAAGGGCACUGAACCUCUCAUCGUCGAGCUUAAUAGGUACACUAAAUAGCUUCACGUUUUCAUCCUUCCCCAACCUUACUCUUUUCGAUCUAAGUGUAAACAAUCUUUUUGGGACCAUCCCAGCUGGAAUCGCUAACGUGUCAAAUCUUGUUUAUCUUAAUUUAAAUUAUAAUAAUUUUUCCAGCAUCAUUCCCCCAGAAUUUGGGUUGUUGGCAUAUCUUGAGUCACUUAGCUUGUCUCGGAAUCAGAUAUAUGGUUCAAUCCCACAUGAGAUAUGCCAAUUGAAGUAUCUAACUCGGUUUGGUUUGGAGAACAGUAUUGUCAGUGGUAGCAUUCCUCACUGUCUAGGGAACUUGACCAACCUCAGUUAUCUAUUUCUCAAUGGCAAUAAACUGUUUGGUUCCAUCCCUUAUGAAUUAGGAAACCUCUCAAAUUUGAUUGAGCUGCAAUUGCAAAUGAAUUUUCUAACAGGGACUAUUCCAAACUCUCUUGCAAGUCUGGGCAAGCUGACUAAAUUGAAUCUGUUUACGAACCAGAUACAGGGUCCCAUUCCUGCUGAAAUAGGUAGAUUGAGUUCGCUUCAACAGAUAAACCUUUACCAAAAUCAUCUAACAGGUUCGAUCCCAAAUUCUUUAGGUCGUCUUCGAUCUCUUAUGGUUCUGAGUCUCCACACCAACAACCUUUCUGGUCCCAUUCCUGAAGAGUUAGGAAACAUGGUAUCCCUUGUCAAUCUCGAAGCAGGUAAGAAUUAUCUUACAGGUUCGAUCCGAAAAUCUUUAGGUCAUCUUCGAUCUCUUAUGGUUCUGAGUCUCCACACAAACAACCUUUCUGGUCUCAUUCCUGAAGAGUUAGGAAACAUGGUAUCCCUUGUCAAUCUCGAAGCAGCUAAGAAUUAUCUUACAGGUUCGAUCCCGAAUUCUUUAGGUCGUCUUCGAUCUCUUACCAUUCUUAGUCUCCCCACCAACAAACUUUCUGGUCCCAUUCCUGAAGAGUUAGGAAACUUGGUAUUGCUUGUCACUCUUGAUGUAUCUAAGAAUCAGCUCAAUGGUUCCGUUCCAAAGUCAAUUGGUAACCUACUACAUUUACAGGUAUUGUAUCUUAGCAAAAACAAAUUUUCUGAACAUCUUCCUCAAGAGUUGGGAAAUCUCAAGUUAGUGGAACUAGAACUUUCCAGAAAUCAUUUCUCGGGUUCUUUACCAGAUACCAUAUGUAAUGGAGGAAGAUUAACGAUGUUGCUUGUACGUCUAAACAAACUGACAGGCUCAUUGCCCAAGAGUUUGUAUAACUGUUCAAGUUUAGUUAGAGUACGGUUAGACGGAAACCAGCUCACUGGAAAUAUAUCUCAAAUAUUUGGUGUCUAUCCUAGCCUUUUAUUCAUUAGUCUCAAUGACAACAAGAUUUACGGUGAACUUUCUGACAACUGGAGUAAGUGCAAAAAUUUAACCUCAAUACGUCUUGAUGGAAAUGCCAUCAGUGGUAGCAUACCUCCAUCUCUUGGUAAUGCUACUCAAAUACAAAGGCUUCAUCUUUCGUUUAAUCAAUUGGUUGGGGAGAUCCCAAAGGAAUUUGAGAGGAUGAAUCGUCUAGAGAGUCUGAUUUUAAGCCAUAACAAACUUUCCGGUGCACUACCCCUAGAAUUAGGGUCACUUACAGCAAUCGAUUUCUUGGACCUAUCUAUGAAUAAUUUGGAAGGGCCCAUCCCUUAUACUUUGGGGAAUUGUUCCAAGCUCAUUGAGUUGAAGUUGGGAAACAACAAAUUUACUCGUGAAAUUCCAAUUCAAUUAGGUCAAUUGUCUCGGUUGUCAAUUCUUGAUCUCAGUCACAAUUUACUAACUUCAAAAAUUCCAUCACAAAUUGCAAGUUUGACUGAUCUGAUGAAGCUGAACCUUUCUCAUAAUAAGCUCUCUGGAAAUAUUCCAAAGUCCAUGGAAGCAAUGCGUGUUUUGUCCAGCAUUGAUGUAUCUUACAAUGACUUGGAAGGUCCCAUUCCCAACAGCAAUGGCUUUUUGACUGCUUCAAUAGAUAGUUUACAAGGGAAUAAAGGUUUAUGUGGUAACAUUACCGGGUUCCACAAUGCUACAAUCAUUUUAUAG